GCUAGUGGGGAUGGGUUGUGUCUCUGGCUCUAGAAGAUAACAGUGAGGCCCACUCCACUCCCGGGGGCCACCAGGCAGUGAACUGGUGGCCCUGGGGCUGGCUGUGGCCCCUUGCUGUCCAGAGGUGGUGGCAGCAGCAUCCUCAGGGUCAGUUGGAAGUGCUCAAUCGUGACUGUGCCACACCUCUGAGUGGAGUCUGUAUUCGGUCUCUCAUUCAUGGAGACCCUGCAGGACAUGUCACGCGCCUCCGGGCUCGCUAUGACCCUUGAGAAAUAAUGGCUUGGCUGAGCGAGCUGAAGCCCAGAGACAUUAGCCAGGUCCAGGUCACACUGUGUUUACUGCAUGUCCUGGGAGGCCUAUGCCCUGGGAAACCCCUGUUCUCUGGCAUACUUAGUGGAGGUGCAGUCACCAGCAGCUGCCCCAGCACUUGCUAUGGGGACCUUGCUGCCCUCUUGGUGGCAGCGGCUGUCCAUUUCUGCCCCUGUGUGGAAAGCUGGGACAAAACUUCUGGACUGGCCCUUCGUGCAAGUUGGGAGAAGGGAUGCUUCUUUCAGGAGGCCCGGCUUCCCUGCCUGUCAGCUACAGCUUGAUCGAAUUGCGCUGGCUAGUUGUUCCAGCUCACCGCUGCGCCCCAGGGAGUUGCGGAGGAGGCAGCCUACGCGGAAGUCGGUCGCUCCUCCGGGCCACCGUCAGGCUCUGGGAUCUGGGCUAGGCCAGCCUAGGGAGUCCGCGAGCAGCGUCCCUCCGGCCAGGCACCUUUCACCAAUCCCGUCCGAGAGGGAAAUGCGCGGCUGCAGUUGCCACCGCGCCCUGCUCUUACAGGACUGCCCGCGCCCAGAAAAUCCUCCGCUGGAGUCAGACUGCGGUAGGGAGUCAGUUCCUCGCUCACCUCACCACCAGUCAGCCUUCCUUCCUGCCCGUCGCGUUUCCGAGACCGUUCCCAGACGCCCGUUCCCAGAGCUCGGGGGUCGCGUCUCUCCUUGCCGAGCCGCUGUGGAGGCAGCCGGCCGGGCGGCGGGAAAUCCAAGCCGCGGUUUCCAAUGGCGCGGAGUCGAGCCUCCACACCGAGAUUUUUCUGUUCCUAUUUCAGCGCCAGGACUGUAUUCCAAGUUGGAUUCUCUCAGCCCAGUUCGUUCCUGAGUCAGCAGAGCAUAUCUCCACUGGUUCGUAUCUCCCUAGUCCGCAUCAUUCCUGGCCUCUGAGCCGAGCCCUCAGAGAGCGUUCAGUAGUCGCUGUUGUCUGUCCGCCAUGUUCUCCAGACAAGAAGCGAGUUUCUAGUAUUUCUUAUGGGAAAUUCACUUUGAUGUACAAGUGUUUUGGAUGACAUGCAUGUUUCUGGAACAAAUUAUG